UGGCGUAACUCCUCUCCCCUAACAAAAAGCAGAACUCAGCAGAACCCUAGCAAAUCCCACGCCAAACCCCUUUUUCCAUAAGAGAACAUGGUGAUAACGAGCGCAUCAGAAUCGCAGCAACAGUAAUAAAAAAGUAUCAUCACUUGUACGAGUCUUCAGUAAUGGCGUCUUCAGUAUCCAAUUUGAAGUCGCCGCCAAUCCACCUCCACCGCAGAAACCCAUUCUCCCUCCCACUACCCCUAUCCGCUCUCUCCUUCCCUUCUUCUUCCCACCGGUUUCCCAGCCGUGCCCUGAAAACCCGGUCUGCCGCGGGCGGAAUCAGGAGCGGCGGCGGGGACGGUUACUCCUCCUCGGCGGACGUGCUGAGGAAGCCGGUUGUCGUUCCGGAAGAGGACCCGUCCGGAGAUUCUGAGGACGAGGACGAGGGUGAUAAUGAAGAGGUGCGGGUUGAGGACAAGAUUUUGGAGGAUACGGUGCCCCUUGUUGGGUUUGCCCGGAUGGUUCUCCACUCUGGAAAAUAUGAAAGUGGUGAAAGAUUAAGUCCCCAGCAUGAGAAGGUUAUCCUAGAGAGGUUUCUUCCAUAUCAUCCGGAGUGUGAAAUGAAGAUCGGAUGUGGAGUUGAUUACAUCACGAUUGGGUACCAUCCUGAUUUUCCAUACUCGCGAUGUUUGUUCAUAGUCCGGAAGGACGGGAAGGUGAUCGAUUUUUCCUUUUGGAAAUGCAUAAAGGGCUUGGUCAGAAAAAAGUAUCCGCUUCACGCGAACAGCUUUAUUCUCAGGCAUUUCCGAUGGCGUAGGCAUAUCGACUGGAGGUAGGUGUAGACAUUCCAAACUUGUGCCGUCCUAGUAUUGUAUGCCUUUCUUUUUCUGUGUUGCUUUGUAUGUCCUCUUCUUCUGGUGAAAGAUAUUCUGGAAUUUAGAGACAAAUAUUUGGAAUUACUGGUGGGAGAAACAAAAGAAAAUACGAACUUAAAAUAUCAAGUGAGACUAGAAAAGCAUUAUUUUGUAAGGUAUUGCUCCAAAAGUUGAUUUGGUUUGUCCCCAUCAACAAAACAAACAUGUUCUCUUCAGAAAUUCAGGCAGCAUUUUAGGUAUGUAUCUUUUUUUGUUCCUUUGUUUUCUUGGGGCAAAGGAUCAAGAUGUACAAUUAUAUAAGCAAUGCUUAGUGAUUUCCAACUUUUGAAUUGAUGUCAUGUAACUCAGCUUGCCUGAAUACCAUCAAGUGCUAUUGUAUU